GUGCGCGCGUGAGUGAGUGAGUCCGUGUACUAAAAAUAAAUUCUUGGAAUUGUAGAAGGAAGCAGGACGCAAGAGGAACUUAUCUUGACGUAGUUAUAACGUACACUGGAAACUGUUUGUUUGAGCCGGUUGACGGGCGGUCAGUGGUCGAAGGCCUCAAAGACAAUACAGCAGAAACGAACCUCGAGCAGCUCUAGGGUCGAAACUCGAGAGACGCACUUAUUACUGACACCUAAUCAUGGGUGAUUGGCAAAAUCCUCAUCAAGCGGGAUGGCAUUCUGGCGCACAAGCGAUGAAUACUCCGCCUACGGUACCCCUCAUGGCGCCCCCGCAACCCGGAAUACCUCUCGUGCAACCCGGACUUCCGGUACAACCUGGUCUUCCAAUGCAACCUGGGCUUCCGGUACAACCCGGACCUCUAAUGCAAGUUCCCCCAGGUGGUUGGCCGAUACCAAACAGCAACUGUCCACCUGGCUUGGAGUACCUUAUGGCCCUUGAUCGAUUGAUGGUGGAUCAACAGGUUGAGUUACUCGAGGCUUUCACCGGAUGGGAAUCGGAGAAUAAGUACGUGGUGAAAGAUCCUAGAGGACAAGUUGUGUACUACGUAGCAGAAGAAUCAGACUGUUGUGGUAGAAUGUGCUGUGGCAAAUAUCGGGCCUUCGAUAUUAGGAUUGUCGACGUCACGAUGAAGGAAGUUAUCCACCUUUCCCGCUCCUUGAAGUGCGCUAGUUGCUUUUUCCCGUGCUGUUUGCAGGAACUGGAGGUAUCUUCUAACGGUGUUCAAAUCGGCUCCAUUGUACAGAACUGGAAUCCCAUCCGCCCUUCUUUCUCGAUCUGCGAUGCCAGUGGAGACAGCGUUCUAAGUAUCAAAGGCCCCAUAUGCAUGUGCUCAUGUUUUGAUAUUGACUUCGACGUACUUUCAGUUGACGGCGAGCACAAAGUUGGUCGAAUUUCCAAAAAGUGGUCUGGAUUUGCACGAGAAUUAUUCACGGACUCGGAUAUGUUUGGGAUCAGUUUCCCUGCCGAUCUGGAUGUCAAAAUAAAGGCAGUUCUCCUUGGUGCAUGUUUCCUGAUUGAUUUCAUGUACUUCGAAGGUCAGAGUAAGGCUGGUGAAUUGGGCUAGAAGUUACGAAUUACUUCUACGAUAAUUCAAGCAGAAAAAGAAAUGGUGAAGAAACUUGGAUCUGAAAAUUAUUAUAUUCGCUGUCUACCACUGCAACUUUUACCGUGUACACACACUGAACAAAAAGUCAGUCUUCCUAUUAAACUAUUAUAGAAUAUAUUGUCGACUCAGGCCCUUUGAAUACUGUUGUAUUACGACUGGUUGCUGAAAUUACACGAUCGAAGUAACCCAGAUUACUUUUCGUACUUAGUUGUACCAAACUGCUUAUAUUGUAUAAUCUAAUAAAAUAAAACAAAAUAUUGUAUAAUCCGUAUGGAUUAAUGUUGAGAAUGUUGCUAUAAAUAACUGUAUUUUCUUACGGUAUUAUCACAUGAUUGAAACAAUCGCAUAAGUUUUCAAUUUUCGGUGGGCGAAAGUACGUUUUAUACUUUUUUGUACAGUUCCUCUAAUAAUAAUAAUACAUACGCAUAAAGGUAUGGUGACAGACUUCGUACAAUUUACUUCAGUGUACUCUAAUUUUACGAUAAAACUAGUUCAUGUGAUGCGUGUAGGACGCAGAGAAUGCUGGUUCAUUGACCAAGCACAUUUAACUCCACUCACAAUUGACGUAAUGUACACGAGGAAGGUCCUUAAAAUAGGCCUGUAAAAAUUUGAACUGAGCUGUUCUCCAAAUUAGCUCUCAAGAACUAAAUGCACAAUCUCUAUCCAAGCACAAUUCUUUGUCUUACAAUUAACCGUAAACUAUUGCGCUAGUGAAGGGUGAAUCGCGUUGUUUAAAAGUACAUGUUUUUACGGUAUCUGCACUGGCUAUAUAUUCCAUAGCAGGAUUUGAUAUUUGAAAAAAAUCUGUAACUAUGAGAAAUAUACGAGUAUUAAGGCUACUGUAUGGUGAAAAUAUUAGCAUCAUCAAUGAUGUAUUCUUUAGCAUAUAGGCAUGUUCAUGUCAAUUGUAUUUCUUUUGAAUCUGACGUUCUUUCAAAUAACUCAAAAUUAAGAUGCAAUAUAUCCUGUGUUACAGCCCUAUGUAACAAUAACGUAGUUAAAAAUCAAGAACCAACGUGUAUUUUCAUUUGAUACUCAAUUCAAAAUCAAUCAUCGAUUCAUAUGAAUUUCUCGGUAUGAUAUGGGACGUGUUAAAAUCACUCGCGCAAAGUUUACAAAUUUUUUUACAAUAUUUUGAUCCAUGGAAUAUUUUGUCAGGUUAAGAAAAGAAUUAGAUUCAAAUAAUGUACAAUUAGCAUAGAAUACUCCAUAGACAAUGCUCAUAUUUUUACUAAGUAGUAAAAUCGAUGCGCAUUAAUUUCUUGUUUCAGAUACAGAUGUUUUUGUAAAUGAUUAUGCGAUAAAAUAUGAACUGAAAACACGGUAAAACCGAGUUUUUUCAAGUGGCAAAAUCUAUUCCCCCUUUGCACGAGGGCUUAGGAUUGAGGUUGAGAUAUGUGCUUUAGGAGAAAUUUUUGAUUAUUUAUUUCAAGGGUCAUCCUAAUGCACACCCAUAUAUAAAACAUAUUAUACCUGAAUAUAACUAGCUGUAUAAUUGCGAGUCUACCAUUGGAUAUUUUAUGCGCACGAAUGUGAUAUGUCUACCAAAAACAUGAAACACAAGUUCAAGUGAUAUUAAAUACCAUAAACGUAUUUACGUAAACUUAAAAUAGGUAUACAGGUAGCUCCAGUUUCUUACCUUUUUUAAGUAGUAAUUUACAGGCUCGUAAUACCAAUUUUUCUUUUUUAUUUAAGGUGAAUAGAACAGAAAUCUCAUUUUUGUGUAGUUAUGCUGGAAAAUCCCAGUGCUUGCAUGUCCUCGGCAGUGUUGGACAAGAUAAUAAGUAUUUAGAGGUCAGAUUAUUUCUCUCCACAUUUAUCUAGAUAGAAUGACAGAUAGAUUUCUAUGCGGUCAUCUCUAUAAAAAUCUUGUUAUUCUCAUGUAGAUGAUAAAAAAACAUGUAUGCAAUACAAAUAAGAGAUUUUUGAAAAAUAUACUCCGAAUGUUUAUCAGAAAAUCAUACAUUUAUUAAAACACUUAUAAUCGAAGAAUUACAGCAGUCUUUUGACGGAAUAGUAACUUUUAUAAUUGUUUAUUGAUUACAAACUUCCGACGUAAUGUAUAAGAAUGUGAUUUCUAGUUCUGAAUAAUCUCAACAAGGCGCUGAGAAAGAUAACGAUAUUAUAUUAUACCAUUUUGUAAUGUAGAAAGUCCUUGGUAUAUUAAUAAACAUGACAGUUAAAUCACAUUAUAGCAUUGACUGACAAGCAUUUCAGCUUAUCUGUAUAUAUGAAAAACGAUGAAAACGAACAGCAGAUUCAUGUACAUUAAGGUGAAAAAUUAACCAGGUUCUUAUUAUUUCUACAAUGUAGAAAAUUAUUAUUCUGUCAA